AUGGAUGCCCAGUAUCCUUUUGCUUCCCGCGACGAAAUUUGGCGUGUUUUUGAAGAGCUGAAAGAGCUCCACGCCACGCAGUUUGAACAGGCGGAGCGGAUCGCGAGAUUGGAGCGUCGCAGGGACGAGGAUGCAAGGUUGAGAAGUGUUUGGGGUCCUCUGUCGCCUUUUCCUAGCUCCGUUGGGGGCACAAUCCCCACAGAGUCGGUCUUCCAUACCCCCGCGGACGCUUUCAAGGGAUUCGAUCAGGGACACCAGCACGGGGCGGUCACUACAAUGGGUUUGGACAACGAAGAUGAGCCACGACGGGGAACUUCCCGGGCGAACAGCGUUAGAUUUGAUGAGAGUGCCAUCCAUGGGUACUACGGGCAAACUAGUCGAACUAACAGUGAGUUGCCGCUGCGGACGGGGAGCGGACUCGGAAGCCACCCGUUGACGGAGCGGUCUCUGUCCCAUCGGUCUGAUGGAAGACAAAGCUCCUCUGGACAUUCGCACCACUCGGCUCGUACCAACAGUCUGGGUUUUGAAACAACUAGCAGAAUGUUGAGCUCGGCCGGGUCCCCUCUGAUUCCUCCCCCUGGCCUGUUCCUCCUUGGCCCAGUACCGUGCAUCAUUCGCUGCUGGCUGACAACCAACUUUUCCAACGAUUCUCUGCUGUACGCCGCUGUCUGCUCGGGCUCCUAUACCUCGUCGCUGGGAUAUCCGAUGAUCCAGACGCUCGGUCUGGCCGAUCAGGUUUUGGAUGAAGGGGGUCUCCAGUACAUCAAGCUCCCGAUCUACCUUCCCGAAGCUAGUGUGCACCAAGCCUCUUCGCGGUCCAGUAGCCCUGAGCCUCAGGUACCUACUUUGACCAUUCGAUUUUUGGUUCGUGAGGUCGACCCCAGCGACAAUUCGAUCCAGAUUAUCCUGGGCAGCGACGUGCUCCGCUCCCAUAAUGCCGACGUGUUGUUUUCUCAGGACAAAAUCAUCAUGGUUGACGACGAACGAAACAAGGUCUCCAUUCCCUUGGUGCGCCCCGAGGAUGAUUCGGUCUUCAAGUCUUUGUCCACGAUGACGGAUGCCGCUCGCAUCGGACGAAAGGCCGGCUCUGUCCAAGGGGACAUCCAGGCGGAUACGAACGGUCAUGCGACAUUUGGCGUGAUUGGACGUCCUGCCAGUCUUUCUCGUCCGGCUACCUCGACAUCUGCGUCUGCGAGGGGGUCUCCUGAGGGGUCCGAGGAGAGUCGAAAGACCCGCCCGGAUACCCAGGAGUCGUUGACGGACACAGACACCCAGAAGGAGCCGAAAUCUGGCGUGGAAACCGACGCUCAAGCUAUUGGUCCGGCACGGGUGGAGGCGACUGGCGUCUGGGGCUCGUGGAAACGCGAUUCCAAGUCAGAUGCGAACGCUUCCGCGGCAGGCAAGGCGUCUCGUGGCCGUACUAUGAAAGUUUUGCGGCCCACGAAGGCCUCUACACGCGCCACGCCGGCGACGGCCACGCCUAGCAGCUCUGGAGCCGAUUACGCAGGAAAUUCGGCAUCGCAGCCGGCUUCGACGCGCGCAUCGCCCGACGGGACCCGGACGAGCAAGCAGUGGCCUAGCAAUCCGGUUGGAGGCGCGUCUGCCUUUGGAUGGCUCAACACGACGCAGCCCGCCGGACGUGCCGGAUGA